AUGGUUGCAACCAUUGGUCAAUAUGGGCCACAUUUGCCCAUUCCAAGCUAUCAUGACAUUAGAGUUCCACUCCUGAAGAAGGAAGUUGAAUACACUGAAAAUUUGAUGAAAGGCCACGGGGAGCAAUGGUCUGUUGAUGGUUCUGAUUUUGUAAAGACAGCUGAAAAGUUUUUUGAGUUGCUUGAUGUUAUUGUGGAGGAAGUUGGAGAAGAGAAUGUUGUUCAAGUUGUAACUGAUAAUGGGAGCAACUAUGUUUUAGCGGACAUUGGGAAGCUUCCAUUGAUAAGGAAGACAAUUAGAAGGGCAAUUAAUCUAGUUGGGUUUAUCUAUGCCCAUUCUAGUACCUUAAGCUUGUUGAGAAAUUGUACAAACAAGAGGGAAUUGGUGAGACGUGCUAUUACUAGAUUUGCCACUUCUUAUCUAACCUUGGAAAGGCUCCACAAAGAGAAAGCCAAUAUUAGAAAGAUGUUUAUUUCUAAUGAAUGGAUCUUAAACAAGUUAUCUAAGGAGCCUACGGGAAAAGAAGCUACAAAGGUAGAGCUCAUGUCUUCUUUUUGGAAUAGUGUGGUUUACACUCUUAAAGUCAUGGCUCCACUUGUCAAAGUGCUUCGUCUUGUGGAUGGUGAAAGGAAACCAGCCAUGGGCUAUAUUUAUGAAGCAAUGGACAAGGCAAAAGAAACAAUUAUCAAGUCUUUCAACAACAAUGAAAACAAGUACAAAGAUGUGUUUGCAAUUAUUGAUAAAAGAUGGAAUUGUCAGCUUCAUAGGCCAUUGCAUGCAGCUGCCCACUUCUUAAAUCCAGAGUUCUUUUAUGACAACACUGAUUUGGAGUUUGAUUUUGAGGUCACCAAUGGAUUGUUUGAUUGCAUUAAGAAGUUGGUUCCACAAUUUGAUGUGCAACAGAAAAUUUUAACUGAGUUGCAUCUUUACAAGAUUGGUCCUAAACACUUUGGUUCUUACUUUGCAAUGGCUCAAAGAAAAACCCAUUCUCCUAAUGAUGAUGCACUAAAUUGGGCAACUGUGUAUUGGAGAGUGUAA